AUGGCUUGUAAGAGCCUGUUCGCCUGGGUACUGUUGAUGCUUGGAGUGGUCCUCGCCCAAAACGCGUCAGACCCCGUGGCGACUCCGCAGCCGACGAAUGAGACGUCUUCGGCAUUUCCUUCGUGCGCUCUCCAAUGUAUCUUCACUGAGGUGGUCAAGUCUCCCUGUCAGACGGUCGAAAAUACAACAUGUGUCUGUACCGACCAAGAGUUCUAUAAACAGGCUGAGACUUGUAUUAUGUCAGGAUGCACGCCACCGGAGGGCAUCGCUACGCAGAAGGCGAAAGCCGACUACUGUCACGAUCCUGUGAGGUCGCAGGUGACCAUGCUGUACGGAUUACGGUCACUCGAAGUCGCUGCUUGGUUGCUGGUGAUUUUCCGGUUCUACGCUCGUUGGGCUAGCCGGCUCCCCUUUGGUCGGGAUGACUAUGUCAUGAUGGCAGUAGCCCUGAUAUACAUACCCCAACUAGUCAUCAGCCAGUUGAUGGACGAUAAUGCUUUUGGCCGUGAUAUUUGGAACGUAGAAUGGGACAAGAUAAUAUUGAGCUUGAAGCUGUUCUUUAUCCAGGAGCCACUCUAUCUCUUGCAGCUCGGGCUCACCAAGAUAUCCAUUUUAUUUCUCUAUCUACGGAUCUUUCCCGGCCGACGAUUCAAACUCAUCACCUAUACAUUCAUGGCCUUUGUUGCUGGCGCAACUUGCAUUCUUGUCGGAGGAUCUAUUGUCGAAUGCUUACCCGUCGGAUACUUCUGGGAAGCUUGGCAUACAGAGUACUUGAUUCACACCAAAAAGUGUCUCAACCUUACCGUGGCAGUUUUCUCUGCAGCCGGAUUGUCGAUUUUUCAAGACAUCAUCAUGAUCAUCCUUCCUAUACCGCCGCUGUUGAAAACUCAACUACCGACAAAAGACAAAAUCGGCGUCGGAAUAAUGUUCGUUCUAGGCCUGCUAAUCACCGGAGCAAGCUGCCUCAGAUUACGCUUCGUUAAUGUCGCGUACUCUCCCAACCCCUUUUGGGACUUUGAGCCAGCUUUGCUUUGGUCUCUUGUCGAAUUGGCAAUGUCAUUCCUGGUUACCAGUCUACCAGCAAUGCACAACUAUCACACACGGAUUUUGAAGCCAAAAUUGAGGGCUUUCAUUGACGCACGUCGAGAAAAGUCGACGCCUUCUCAGGAUACUCGCAGUGCACCCACGGGGCAGAGUUUCGGGCACCCCCAUCUGAGAACAUGGCUGGCUAGAAGAGCCCAAAGACGAGAUGAGAACAGAUUUAUCUCAACACUAGCUUUCACUCGUGUUUCCUGGAACUCGAUUACUGAUAGGAACCCUUCGCAAUCGGAAGAAAAGCUUCCAUCGUUCGCGAAAACAGGAGGUAUAGCUGCGAAGGCGCCUCAGAUAACGUUAGAAGAAAUUGGUGUGACACCGGGGUCGGAUGACUCUCUCGACGAAUAUCAAGACAGGGGCGCUAGACAGGAGAAUGCCGACUCGAUAAUAGAAGAAAGGGAAACUGUGCAUGCGCUCGCGUGGGUAGGAAGGCCCAGGGCCAUGGAAACAGAUGCUAGCCGCAGAGGGGGCUUCACACAGAGAAAUAGUUCACCAGACGCAACCGGAGUUUCCGGAGAUUCUAUAGUUUAG